AUGAGCCCAGCCUAGUCUCCAGAGUGCAGCUUCAGAAAGAGCCCAAACAACGGUAGCGGUCACAAUGGAGCUGAGGCCGCUGUGUGUCGUCUUGGUCUUGUGGGGAAGUGUAUUGGCGAAGGAUGACCAGUAUAGUAGAGCUGUGGAUUGGCUGGGCAGAUAUGGCUACCUCCCUCCACCGGAUCCUCGCACCAGCAGACUGCAGACCAAAGAGGGGAUAGAGAAGGCUAUCCGGGUUAUGCAGAGAUUUGGAGGUGUCCCAGAAACGGGGAUUCUUGAUGAGAAGACAUUGAAGCUUAUGUCUGCUCCACGCUGCUCUCUGCCUGAUAUUGUAGGGAGUGAGGACAUGCUGAAGAAAAAGAGGAGGAAGAGAUAUGCUUUGUCAGGUCUCAAGUGGCACAAGACAGAGCUCACAUGGAGCGUCCAUAACUACCCAUCAUCUGCCACGUCUCCCCAAAUGAACUCUAGGGUGGUCGAUGAUAUCUUGACCUAUGCAUUAAAAGCCUGGAGUGAUGCAGCCCCUCUGCGUUUCCAGCGGGUGUCCAGUGAGAGUGGGGGUGUGCAAGCAGGAGGCGAUAUCAGAGUAUCUUUUGCGAGUUUGUUACAUGACGACGGGUAUCCUUUUGAUGGAGAAGGUGGAACCCUGGCCCACGCCUUCUUCCCCAGCCGGGACGAGGUGGGGGGAGAUACCCACUUUGACGAUCAUGAAAGAUGGAGUUUCAGAGGCGACAGCAGCAGCUCCAUAGACUUGUUCACUGUAGCGGUGCAUGAGUUCGGGCACGCUCUCGGUCUGUCCCACUCCUCCACUGACCCCUCCAUAAUGCGGCCAUAUUACCAGGGUCCCGUGGAAGAUAUGCUCACUUAUCAGCUGGCCAUGGACGAUAAGAUGGCCAUUCAACAGCUGUAUGGUUUGCGAGACGAUAAAUCCCCAGACAAACCUGAUUUACCACGGCUGCCCAGUCCACCUCCGCCAAGACCAACAAAGCAUUUCGACACAUCUUUUCAAAAACGUUGCCAGGGAGGAUUCGAUGCAGUGGCCAACAUCAGAGGAGAAGUUUUCUUUUUCAGAGGUGAUGAAUUCUGGAGGACCAAACGUGAUGGCUCAUUGAUCUCCCUGAAUCCCGCUCGCAUCAGAAACUUUUGGAUGGGUCUGCCCUCAGGGUCCUACAAGAUUGAUGCUGUGUACGAGCGCAAGGCUGACAGUCGAAUUGUCUUCUUCAUUGGGUCUCAGUACUGGGUUUUCAAGGACACAGAGGUGAUGAGUGGCUACCCAAAGCCUUUAUCCGACUGGGGCAUGAAGACUAAAAAAGGGCAGCCAGUGGACAAGGUGGAGGCAGCAUUUAUCUGGGAUCAUAAUGGGAAGACGUACCUGUUCAGUGGAGGAGAGUACUGGAGGUUCAGCGAGGUGCGGAGGGACGGCCAGGUGAGCAGACAGCUGGACGCGGGCUUCCCUCGAGACAGCAGCGUGUGGAAAGGCGUGCCCACAGACAUGGAUGAUAUCACCAGCUGGGGAGAAGGUGAUACCUACUUCUUUAAAGACGACCUGUACUGGGUAGUGAAGAGAGGGAGACUGGACAAUGAAGAGGUCACUCCCAAAUCCAUCGGUGUGGACUGGCUCAGAUGUCCCUCUCCUACUGCGACCCCUGCUCCACCCAACCCCAGAAACCGCCAAGACUGCAGCUGCAGCUUGCGGGACUCAGCAGCACCUGUGGGGGGUAGUCUGUUCCUCUUGUUCGCUGCUCUGCUCAUGAGCCACAAAUGUUUGGGAAGCCAGUGAAUUUAGAGAUUUUCUUCAUAUUUUUGGGUUUAUGAAUGACACUCAUUCACUGAAUGAAAUGACAUGGGAGUAGAUCUAAAUUACAAUUAGAUUACUACAGAAAAAGAAAAUGAAAUUACAAUUUAAAAUGUACAGCAUAUAUACCCACAUUCACCUGGGAGUGGUACACAAUUAUGAGCUCUUUACCUCAACACAGCUUAAAUCAAUUUAGUUAAUCAUUCACCCCAUUAAAACGCAAAUAUGUAAUAGAAACUAAUUGUGUUCUGCACUGAGGGUUGGGCUCAAAUCAACAGGUCACACAGAAUGAACUGAAUGCACUCUAUAAAACAUACUGACAUCUGUCAGAGAUAGGGCAGUCCUGACAAGUAUCAGUAAUGUAUCAAGAACAAAUCAGUUAGGUCAAGAUGUAAACAUUAUUGCCCAUGCAUGCAGCCUACAGUGAGGUACUCUGCAUUUGACCCAUUUAUUCAGUGCUGCCAGUUUUACAGAUAAUGAGUCAAAGGAGGCACUAUAGGAGGAUUAGUGUAUCAUGCAGAGAUUUUUGCUAGAUAUGUCAAAAUGAAUGUAAUGAAUUAUGUCAAACAUAAGAAUGUUUUGCACUAUGUAGUUCAUCUCGGGAGACAGACUAGUUUGAUUCUCCUGCUCUAUUGUGCAAACUUGAAUCAAAGUCAUUACAAAUCUCAGCACCCAUCUCAAGGGCACAGUGCAUAUUUUUGGUUAUGGGUUUUAUCCAGUUUUAUAUUUGAAUACAAGAGAUAACUUUAGACAUUAUUUAAUUAUAAAAUAAUAAAAAGUAAGUGUUGGACUAGUUGGAGUUGCAGUGCUUUUGGCUGGGUUGUGACCGGCUGAUACAGCUGCAGAUUUCUGUACAGAAUUCAAAACACUGAAAAGAUCAAUCUGGAAAAAAACUGAAAUGAAAUAUUUUAAAUUUAUAGAAUGAUGACAGCACAAGUUCAAAGCAUCUGUCUUGGUAUGAAAAGAAUGACUUGAACAUCAAAGUGGGACAAGCGUGUGAAGUGGUUGACAAUAAGUUUGAUUUAUGGACUAGUUGAAAAGGUGGAAAAACAUACAUCCUGGCAAUGAGACAAAAUUGUACACAGUAAAAUGUUAAUCAUUAUUAGAUUUACCAGAAUAAAAAUUGUUCAAAGAGACUGCAUUAUUUUAGAUGAGUUCUUCUUCUUGAGUCUUGUGGUUAGACAGGACGUGCCAGGCUGCAGGUGUAUUCUGGUUCUGUGUAAUUAACUGUGCCUUAUUAGGUAAGACUGUUUUGUUGUGUAUUAUAAUUAUUAAUUAAAACAGCAGAAGAUUGAUGACUCUGUCACAUGAGGUAGCUAGAUAAAAUCACUGAAGUCAUUUCAGUGGAAUAGUUUCUUGUUACAAUUCCACACCACUUGAACUGGAUGAAGUCUGUUAGGCUCAGGACAUUUUCCCACAAACAACAUUUCCAUAACAUUUCAACUUAAAAUGCAAUAUAUAGUAGGCUAGAUUAGAGAAAAGCAAAAAAGAAACAAUCAUGGGCUGUGGACAAUGAUAAUGUUUCCUUGCAACACAAAAUACAAAAACAGAUUGAAAUAAAAUAACUUUUUUGUAAUUUAUUUUGGGUCAUUUUCAUAAUUUUAUUUAAAGGUGCACUAUUUAUAUUUUCUGUUGGCAGGCACCAUUUGUUUCUCCAUAGAGUUAUUUGAUUUUCAUUUGAUUUCAUUUAUUUGAUUACAGGUAUGUUCAAUGUUUCAUGUUUAAUAUUGUUUAAUGUGAGGUCACCUACAUAUGGAGACAGAUAGGACAAGAUGCACAAUACAAUCCCAUUUCAAUUUAAUUGUUGGAAUUAUUGCAAGUCAAAUUAUCCUAAUAAAUGUUGACUAUUAUUGUUAACCA